AUGGCCAGCUGCGGGACGUGGUCUCCGCAUUUCAUAGCAGUACAAGGACUCUACCAAAGAAAGUGCAUCGUGGUGUUCAAUAUAUAUGCACCGCAUCGCCCCCGAGAUCGAGAGCCAUUUUACCGCUCCCUGGGAUAUUUGGAGAUACCAUGUGGAGCUUUGUUCGUCGUUGGCGGGGACUUCAAUCGUACUCUGGACGCAGUGGCAGAUCGCAGUUACAGCUCUACUAGUUCAUCACAUGACUCCCCCGCGUUAAAAGCAUUCCUAGCAACAUGGAAGCUCGUAGACUCGGUUGCGAUGGAGCGCCCGCAGGACUGGACGUCAGGGGAACUGCGCAGGCAUCACCACUCCACACACACUUAUCAUUACCGAUUGGCGGACGGAAGGGAAGCCUCAUUGAGGCUGGAUAGGUGGUAUGUGGGUCCAAUACUCACAAGAUGGAUCGACAGGACCGAGGUGGUAGAUCCAGUAGUCCACGCAGAUCACAGAGCGGUACAAUUACGCCUGUACCCACCGGGUAACCCUGUGAGGGUUAAGAAAUCGAUGCGGCUCUACCCGGUACCAGCGCAUGCGUCGGUGGCUGUGAAGGAGGAAACAGAGGCGCUGUUAGAGGAUUAUCUCACACAAGUCGACAGCUCCAGAGAGGCGAGCUGUCCCACAUGGGAUGAUUUCAAAACUACUAUUACGAAAGCUACACGGAACAUUGCAGAAGCAGAUGGGGCUAUACCGACUGUGAGUUCCAUUACCAACGGGAUGGCUGCAUUGUCCCUACAGAAUUUCACAGGGACUUCGGCACUUGCCCGCGUUCGGAGGGCGAUAACUGAUUGCAAACGUGAAAAAUCUCUAUACUCCCAAAAACGGCUCUUCACUGCAGCGGCUCACCGGGACGGGAAGACCACCAAAGAUUUCUUUAAACGGAUCUCCUGCAAAUACGCUGACAAUUCAAUAGGUGCACUGGAUACAGGUGGAGGCAUCACUGUCACUGAAGAACAGGAGAAAGCUGAGGCCUUUGCACAUGCAUGGAGAUCGAUACUUCAGCAACACCGUCAAGCAGAUGCUUCCUUGGAUGCUGUUGUGAGCUGGAUUUCGAAGCCGGACGUCUAG